AUGACCAACUGUUCCGCUUGUGACCGCUGUGCUAAAACACUGAAAAAAGCAGAUGAUCAUAUUACAUGUAUGGGUUUUUGCGACCAAGCCUGCCAUGUUCGGUGCGCUGGUUUCAACGGCCCGUUCUCGAAGAUUCUCCACGAAAACCCCAACUUAUUCUGGAUGUGUGACGAGUGCGUAAAACUAAUGAAGAUUGCGCGCUUCAAAAGUGUGGUUUCGUCUCUCGGAAAUGUCAUCUCUACCGUCAUCGAGGGGCAAAUAAAUGGAAUCUCGGAACUCAAAGACGAAAUUGUCAGGAAUAACCAUCAGGUUGCAAAACUUGCCGACAAGGUCAAUGCUGCAACCCCGAUGCGGAUACCGGACCGCGAUCGUCCUUCAAAACGUCGCCAAGGUGACUCGGUGACUCCGAAUAAACCGGCCGCCGGAACGAGGCCCGUUGAGAACCGUGAUAAGCUUGUGGUCAGUUCCCCACCCAAUUUAUUCUGGGUGUACUUGUCGCGUUUCCACCCCACCGUGACCACUGACGUUGUCGAAGGACUAGUUCGGGAUGGCCUACAGAUUCGGGAUGCCAUUCGAGUUGUUCCCUUAGUAAAAAAGGGUACUGACCUCCAGUCGCUAAAUUUCGUGUCCUUCAAGGUUGGCAUUCCCUUGAAAUACAAAGCUGCGGCCUUGACCCCCGACUGUUGGCCACUAGGAAUCGAUUUUAGGGAAUUCGACGACGCUCGUUCGAAUCCAUCGGUAUGGCUUCCCCCUAUUCCCACCGCUCCGCCUGCAACUCCAGCCGUUAAACCACCUGGUAACUCUGCUGUCGACACCUUAUCCGUGACUCCGAUGGCGCUGGACUCUCCAGCCCCUUUAGAGCCGUCGACUUCAGACGCCUAG